UGCAGGUAUUUGAAGACUAUUGAUACCAGUAGGUGGGACUGAUCAAGGUAUCUGUCAUGGUGUUUUUACGUGUGCGGGUGUUACAGGUUGACAGUAAGGAUAUUGAACUGCCAGGUUCGGUCCUCUUUGAUCCCUUUGUGGCUGUCAAUGUCAAGGAAUCGGUCAAAGAUGCAAAUGGACAAACACAGUUGAGGCAGAAGAGGAAGACAGCCUUCGUUGAGUGGAAUAAGUGUUUCGAUUCUCAUUUAUACGAUGGCCGUGUUAUCCAGAUCAUUGUUUAUAACAGACCAGAGACCUAUCUGGCUGAGGCAAACUUCAAUGUUAACGCACUGGCUGCUAUGUGUGGUAUGGAAGGAAAGAUUGAAACAAAAUGGCUGGAUCUCAAGCCCUGCGGUCGACUGCAAGUUCAGCUUCGUUGUUUCCCAGAAGAAGGAGGAGGUGGAGGAAGACCCAUGUCAUUACCAGAGGCAUCAUCACCAGAUCCUAUGAACAGUGUAAGAAACACUGUUUCACACCAGAAUUCAGAUAUGGAUAAGAAAGAUGACACCACAGGAUUGCUGACCAAGCGCCGUGUAGCCAUCAGAAAGGCCAAAAUUCAUGAGCAUCGGGGUCAUAAGUUCACCCCACACUACUUCCGCACUCCAGCAUACUGCAGCUACUGCAAUGAAUUUAUUUGGGGCCUGGUUGGUACACAAGGAUAUCGAUGCAUGGAAUGCGAGUUGUCUGUUCAUAAAAGGUGCUUUAAUCAAGUACUUGGUAAAUGCCCUGGCACAGGAGUCGAUACAAUGGAGACAAAGAAAUUGAAAGAGAGGUUCAACAUUAAUAUGCCUCAUAGGUUUAAGGUCAACAACUACAAGAGUCCUACAUUCUGUGACCAUUGUGGUACUAUGCUGUAUGGUCUAUUCAGACAAGGCGUUAAGUGUGAAGUGUGUAAUGUAAAUGUUCAUCACAAGUGCAAGAACAAUGUCCCUAACCUGUGUGGAGUUAACCAAAGACUUCUUUCUGAGGCUCUCUCCAGUAUUGAGAUUACAAAGUCUAUGAAAGACAAGAGGACUGCGCCCGGAGCAAGUAAUGGUAAACAUGGAUAUGCUCAUCUUCAUGAUGAUGAUGACGAUGAUCUAGAUGAAGCUGUAUAUGAACCCCUGUGGACGACAGAUGGACCCCCUGAAAGACCAACUGCACCUCCACCAAAAUACAGCAUUGAUGACUUCAUGCUUCAGAAAGUACUAGGAAAAGGCAGCUUUGGCAAGGUUAUGUUAGCCCAGCAGAAGGGAACCAAUAAGUACUUUGCCAUCAAGGCUCUUAAGAAAGAGGUUGUCCUUGAGGAUGAUGACAUUGAAUGUACCAUGGUUGAAAGACAUGUUCUAGGAUUAGCUUGGGCACAUCCUUUCCUUACUCAUCUAUACUGCACCUUCCAAAGCAAGGAGCAUUUGUUCUUUGUUAUGGAGUACCUUAAUGGUGGCGAUCUUAUGUUUCAUAUACAGUCUUCACUACGCUUUGAGGAAAAGAGAGCUAGGUACUAUGCAGCUGAGAUUAUCUGUGGCCUACAGUUUCUACACAAGAGGGGUAUCAUCUAUCGAGAUCUGAAGCUGGACAAUGUCCUAUUGGACAGAGAUGGUCACAUCAAGAUUGCUGAUUUUGGUAUGUGUAAGCAGAACAUUCAGGGAGAUACAAAGGCCAGUACUUUCUGUGGAACACCUGACUACAUUGCUCCAGAGAUCUUGAAAGGUCAAAAGUAUGCUGCAUCAGUUGACUGGUGGUCAUUUGGUGUCUUGCUAUAUGAAAUGUUGAUUGGUCAAUCUCCAUUCCAUGGUGAAGAUGAAGAUCAAUUGUUUGAUUGUAUCCUUCAUGAUUCUCCUCAUUAUCCAAGAUGGCUUUCUAAAGAUGCACAUAGCUGCUUAGUACAGUUGUUGGAACGCAACCCUGAGAUCCGACUGGGAGUGAAAAGUAAUGUUCGAGGGCAUCCGUUCUUUAAAUCCAUUGACUUUGAUAGGCUAGAACGGAGAGAAAUUCCUCCACCCUUCAAGCCAAAAAUUAAAAGCGAUGGUGAUGCCAGCAACUUUGACCCUGAGUUCACUAUGGAGAAAGUGGCCCUCUCCCCUACAGACACCUCCAUGCUCAGCUCUAUCAAUCAACGUCAGUUCCGUGGUUUCUCAUUCACCAAUCCUACCAUGUCAGAGAAAUAGAUGGUAGAGACUUCUAAUCCCCAAAGACAGAACCAAUUCCUUAACCCAUGCUGAUUACCAUGUUUAGCAAGUGUUUCGUUGGAGGAUCUAUAGCAAUGCUGACACUAUCCAAGACCCUCUGACUGAGACAUGGUUGAGUACCAGAGAGCCAACUUGAUUCUGUGUACCCUCUCUCAUUCCUUUGCUGAAGGGAUAAUCUAGUUUCAACUAUCAAACACUAAGUACUGGUUCUUUUCUUUAUAUAUAUACUGCCGCCAUUGUUAGCAUUAUCAGGGUUUUAUGAUCCUGUUUAUGCCUACCAUUACACAUGACUGGGCUCCAAGCUGCCUCACGUUCGUCAUCCAUACUACUCUAGGAAGUGAGACAACCAUUGAUGCUUUUAGGCGUAUGUUAUACCUUCUCUAUGUAUAUCAAGUGGGAUGAUCAGGAUUUAUCCCAGCAUUAUACUUAAUAUUCCUCACAGGAACAAAUUAUUCGUGAGAGUAUCAAGGAACUGAUGGUGUUAAUAUAUUGCAGAUAGUCCAGUUUUUUCAGUAUAUUAUGAGAAUACUUUUCUACAUAUAGGCUGUAAGAAAAAAAUUAAUAUUGAUAUCAUAAAGGAUUUAAGUUUACUUUGUGUGUGCUUCAUAGAGCUGAGGUUGCCCUACUCUGACACACUUGAUGUGGAAGUUAGGUUACCAUUCAAAUCAACUCUUGUAAAAUAUCAGUCUUUGUAUAAUAUCGUGAUUCACAAAAACUCAUUGUGCAGAACACACCCAGUUGAAAAUUUGUGGCUUCUUUAUAGAAUACGGUGAUACUUUAACAAUACCUCAUUGUAAGUUUUUGCUCAUUUUUUUUUAGUUAAAAACUAUAGCAAUAGCUCGGUACGCAUGUGUUGCAAGAUAUUUUAUGAAAAAAAAUCUUUUAUGAUUUUUUUUUAAAUCGAGUGUAUUUAAAUGGACUUAUCCUUUGUUGGUUCAUCAAGUGAAUCAAUCUUGCCUUUGAAUCGCCACUUCAAAAGUUGCUUUAUGUCCAGGCACAUUUUUAUAAUUUGUUUUACAUUAGUUUUAAAAGUGAUUAGAAUGUAUAUCAUUCAAUUUGUCAGUCUAGCUAUAAAGGAAAUAAAUAAAAUAUUGUUAGAAAAUCAGAAUGAUAAUUAUCUGAGUCCUAUAACACAAAGUUCACAAUUAAGUGCAAAUUUUUGAAAUAAAAAGCUUUCAUUUUGGUUACUUUUCAUUGUUUUGAACGAAAUACAGAUGCAAUUGUGUAUUGCUUGAAGGAUUGAUAUAAUUUUUUGUGUAACAUGGGGCUGGUUGUGUGUUUGAAUUUUCAUAAUGUUUGCCAUUUCAAAUGAAGUUUUUUUUUUACUUGUUUUCUUUCAGUUUUGCACAUUAAAAGUACUCAUGCUGAAUGUGUUGUGCCUUUCGAAUUUUUCUAUUCAUUCUUGGACAAACAAUCAAACAUUCCUUGUGGUGUUUAGCAUAUAUUUCAAUUCAUUCCUUCGUUAAAAAAAAGAGCAUAUGAAUAUUGUUAAUAUGAUCUACAGUUCCAUAUUGCAGAGAAUGCCUUAUUUAUUUUUGUUUAUCGAUUAUUCUGACAAACUCUACCACCAUAAUCUCUUUUCCUUCUGUAUAUAUUAUUCAUACUACAUAAUUUGACAGCAGUGUUAGAUUUGAUUUUCAUUAUUUAGUACAGAUAUGUGAUGAAAUGAUUUGAACUAUUUUAAAAAUGGAGUUGAAGAAAAAGAAAUUGUUAGAUAAUCUUGAAUACAGAGGUUCAUGACCUACCAUCAAACAGAAUGCGAAGGUCAAGGUUUAUGUGUAUGACAGUUAUUUGUUAAGUGGCAUUAGAUCUACUUAUUUAUAAUGGUAUUAUUAGAGACUAACUUUGCAAUGUUAAAAAUUUCAUAAUGAUGCCUUCUAAAAUAACAAUGAUAUGUGUGUCCUAUCAACUAACAAUACUCCUUAAGAAACUAAUGCCUUUUUUAGGUAUUGAAUAUUUUGUUUGUAUCCUUUGUUUAUCAUACAUCAUCAAAGGAGUGUGCCUCUCAUUCUGUGUCUCUGUAUUUUUUACAUUAUAAUUAAAUAAACCAUAGUGACUAAUGCUUUUUCUUUUCAUACUACUGAUGAAGAGGGUCAUGUAAAUGUUUCAAGAUUAGUUUAUAAUCCUUUCUAUGAGGUUACCUUGGAUAUAUUAACCUAUUGUGUUCUGGUGAGCUAUAGUUGAUUGUACAACAGAUGAUUAUGGAUAGAUCAUGCAAAUAAUAAAUCCAAAAUAUUUUUUUUCCUUACCUUUAUACUAAAAUUUCUCAGAUGUGUAAAUGAUAUACACCUUUUUUGAGUGGAAAGAUAAAGUGAAGAAAUAUGUUUGAAGUCAUAAUAUUUUCUGUCUUAUUGUAAUUCAAAUCUAAACUUCAGCAAGCCAGCAACACCAUAAUUUGACAUCUAGGAGGUAAGCACACUGUUCUUUCCAAAAGGAGCAGUUUGAUUGAUUGAAAUCAAUCAAACGUGCACAUGUGAAUAAGGACAUUUCGUUUAGGGCUCUAGAUGACAAAUUGUAGCAUUGUUGCCUUUUUUGUAGUUUAGAUUAUUCCCCAUCACAUUCUUUAUAAGAUGGGGCCAAGAAAGGCAAGAAUACCUCAAUUUAAGGUAAUGCAAAAGGCUCAAGACUCAACAACCCUUGAGUGCUUCUGUAUACCUUUUAAUAUCCACAUGGGUAGAAAAUGACAUUUUUUUCUAAUUACUAAGAAGCAAGUAUUAGCAGUACAAGUUGAAAAAUGAAUACUUUAUUGGUUUUAUACUUUUGUAUCUCAUACAAAUCCUUUGAAGACUAGUAUUACUUUGAAAGAAUAGAAUAAAAUCUAACAUUAUAGAAUGAUAUGACCAUACAAGUAGUGUGAGGAUAUACUCGUUAAUUUGUGACAUCCGUUUUGUAGAAAAAUAUAAAAAAAUAAACAAAGAGGUAGUAUUUUUUUAUUUUUGUACAUGUAUUUUGUCAUGGUGAUUGAAAGCAUUUUGUGUGCUUGCCCAUGGUGUAUAUUAUGAUAAUUCACUGACAUUUUGUAAUAUUCAUACAUCUUGGUCAAUGGAAAAAAUAGAAUCACUGUUUAAAAAUUAAGAUAGGAUCUUUCAUUUGAAGAUUUUUCUUGUCAACUGCCUUGUGAGUUAAAAAGUAAUUCAUAACGCCUGCUAUAUGUUCUCCUGUAUUUUUAUGGCAAUCAUUCUACUUAAAUCCCUCAGCUAUGUCUAUUGUAAUACAUGCUGUAUUAUGUACAGUGAGUCAUUACUCUCCUUCGCAAUUUCAUCUCUAGUUCUUGUUCAUCUCUAGUUCUUGUUCAUUGACAUACUAUGUCAGUCAUAUUCAGGUACACAUCAGUUUAAUCUGGCUGUUUACUUAAAUUGAUUAUCAUAGUGAAAUGAAAAUGCAAAGUACAAUAGAUAUUAUGAAGAAGAUUAGAAAAAUAGUUAUACGGUUAUAUUAUAUACAUGUAUAUAUAUAUCAGUUUACUGUGUGAAAUAUAUUUCAUGGUGUCAUAUAUAUAAAUAUUAGUUUUAUAGCAAAGAAAUGAAGUAUGAUGAAUAUAUGUACAAAAAGUCUUGAAUAUGUGAUGUGAUGUUUAUCUAUUACAAGUUUAAUCAUAAUGCUUAUUGUAAAAAAAAAGUUUGUUAUGAAUACAUCCAUGUGCAGGGUGUUUUAUCAUGCUGUGCUCUUGGUUUAAAAACAGAAAUGUAGAUGUUCAAAAAAGUGUAUCAAAGAAUAAACCCAAAUAAGAACAAAUCAAAUAAUCGCAUACUGUAUACAAAAUCAAUCCAAAGACAUACUGACUUGUCUUUUGUGCCAAUUAGAAGAAAACUUGUACUGUCCCUAUAGACUGUUGUACAAUUAUGUACCAGUAUGCACAAUUUUGAAGAAAAUAAGUAACAAAUAAUUGAUAAUGAUGAUUAUUACUUGAUAUUACAUAUUUGAAUAUGAUACAAUGCAUUCCAUACCUUAUACUAUUCAACUACUUAAAAAUAUUGUGAAUAUAACCUGAAAGAAUAAGAACUGCACAUUAAAUACUAUUGAAGAAAGAAGAGCCCCUCAGCAGUAUAAUUAUAUAUAUAUUUUCUCUCUCUAUCAAGUUGUUGGAGUAGAUCAUUGUUGUGAAGCAUUUUUGAGCAUUCCCCAUUUGACGUUGAUUGAAUUUGGCAACCAUAUAUGCACAAAACCGAGACUAAUAAUUUUCAAAGAUGUUUUUGGACUAAAACUCUCAUGAAAAUUAAAGGAUUGAUUUUCAGAAUGCAGCUUCUCUUGAGAGAUAAGAUCAAAUAAACAGUGAUUUUGAUGAAAAAAAAUUACAUUAUAAAUACUGAAUAUAUCAUUUUUAUAUUAGAUAGGUGAUCAGUCAUCUGUGAUGCUCUGAAGAUGUUACUAGUAGUUUGAACCAGAAUGUCAAGUGUUGAGCACUUCCAUGAGGUAUAUGUAUUUAUCAUUUACUUCCAAAGAUGAUUCCCAAUAUAAAGAUUAAACUGUGAUCUCUACAAGUGGUUAUAAUUCGAUUUACCCUGUAAUGGUAAAAGUACAACUCUUAUAUGUAUCAAUCAAUUAUCUAAACAUCAAACUCUUUGCAAUUUUUAGAGGAAUGUAAUAAAAAUGAUGAAGUAGAAGACUAGAUUACUGAUAUGUGAGACAGGUAUAUACUUUAUGUCAAAUUCUCGGAAACGAAAUUAAAAUGCUAAUUUGGUUGAAUCGUGUAUAAGUGAGAACUAUGUUUUGAUCUAUAUUGGCAGUGUUGAUAUAUAUAUUUGCAACCAUGUACAGUAUUUUCGUAUGUAUUUAAAGAUUGAGAAACUAUGUGAGUAGUAUAUUAAAGUAGAAAAUUGUACCCAGAAGCACAUUCUUUUCUAAUACUUCAAACAGGGAUAAUAAUUAUGGCUGUAUUAAAAGGGAAGAUGAUAUACAUGA